AUGCAUUUACCGGCGGCGACAAACAGCGAGUGUCACAGCCCAUCGAUGCCGACAACAAUCAAUGAUAUGUUUGCCAACCUGCACGAGAUGCUGCAGGAGUACCAUGGAGAGCUGGUGCAGACAGGCUCGCCGGCUGUCCUCUGCUCCGCCUUGCCAACACACUGGCGGUCUAACAAGAGCCUGCCGUGCGCAUUCAAGGUGAUUGCACUGGACGAUAUACAGGAUGGUACGCUGGUCACCAUAAAGGCGGGUAACGACGAAAACUACCACGCAGAGCUGCGCAACUGCACCGCGGUUAUGAAGAACCAGGUCGCCAAGUUCAACGAUUUACGCUUUGUUGGGCGGUCUGGGAGAGGAAAGUCCUUUUCCAUCACCAUCACUAUCAGCUCGUAUCCGUGCCAGAUUGCGACCUACACGAAGGCAAUCAAGGUGACAGUAGAUGGGCCGCGAGAACCCCGUUCAAAACAAAAUUUUGCGUAUGGACAUCCAGGUGCAUUUAAUCCUUUUAUAUUGAACGCCGGCUGGCUUGAUGCAGCGUACAUGAACUAUGCAUGGUCGGAUUACUUUCGACAGCACCAGCAGCAGCAGCAAGCGAUCCAGGUUCCUCCGCCACCAGCAGCGCCUCAACCACAGACCACGUUGGGAUGCCACGACAAAGUGACCAGCAGUGCCAUUGGCAACGGGCACCUACUCGGUAGCGCCAACCCUGAAACUACUAGCAGCACCGUAGCCGUUACUACAGCCGUCAGCUCUACGGCUUCCGUGGCAGGUAUGACAGAUCCGGUGAGUGAACUGGUGUCUCUUCGGUCACCUGCUAGUCAUCCAGUUCCUGCGGCAGGCGCAACCCACCCGAACGGUCUCCCACACUCGUCUACGCUUCUGACAAGCCCCACCGCCUACCCACCGGUGGCCAUAUCCUCGUUUGCGGUCCACCAUGAUCAACCCCUGGUCAAGUCACCUUUUCUGCCUUACGACAUUGCCGCCUUUCGUUCGACGGCGGCGGCUGCUGCGGCGGCAGCGGCGGCUGCUGCUACCAACGGCACCCUCCGCCCAACAGCGCAGCUUACCGCCACCAUCACACUGCAUCAGCCGGCCAGCAUCGACUCUGCGUCAUCGCGCCUGUCACCGGCUUCUUCGCGCAACUCAAACGCCAGCCCACCGCUGCCACCAAUUGCUGGAUCGGCCACACUUUCUACGGCACUGUCAGCGGCCGCCGGCCUGAUGCACUCUGCACCGAAAGCUCACACGUUGCAUCAGCAUCAUCAUCACCAUCAAGGCCAAGGACUUCAACACACAGGCCACGGGGUGGUGACGGGUAUUGGACCGCAUGCUGGUCUCGGUCAGUCGGCAAACCUGCCGUCGGGGACAAUACCCGGGGUAAGCAAUAGCAGUAUCAGCAUCGACACCAGCAACGGCGAGCUGUCGUCUGCCAACGAGGACGACUCGGACGACGAGCAGAUCGACGUGGUCAAGUCCGCCUUUAUCCCAAUCCUGCGACCACCAACGGCGCCAUCCACAGAAACAACCGCCACCGGUAGUACCGGAACGCGCGAGAGCUCACCCGACAUCUGCGAUCCGGAUAUUGGUCGGAAACCGGAAACGCCUGACUCUACCACCGCCCCGGCCACCACAAACACACCAAACGCUAUGAUCGAUCCAACCGAGUCAGUCUCGCCCCGGAUCGGGCUUCGCUGCGACCUGAAGGCCCUGUCGACAAAAAAGCAUAUCCUACACGACUCAGCCCCGGCCCUCGCUUGUAUCAAGCAGCAGCAGCAACAACAACAGCAGGAGCAAAGUCACCAUCAUCAAACGCAGUCGGCAUCGCCGGACCGGACUAAGCUACGUUCGCCCAACCUACUGAAGCAGGCGCAGAAAACCGUCUGGCGACCGUACUGA